AUGGAUUUCCAAAGAUUAGUGACUUGUUGUUUUCUCAUUUCUUAUCUAAUUUUUUGUCACAUAGUAUGGAAUGGGUGCUAUAACAUUUAUUCCAGCACAGAAGAUGAAGUAUAUAAUUUGUUAUACUACCGAAAGAAAGAGCACAGACCUGUCAAAUUAGAAAUAAGGAACAAACUUAAAGUAGACAAUAUAAAAAAGGUUUAUAUAAAGAAGGCUCCCUGUCCUGUCUUACCAAGACCAAUUAAAUCGAUAUUCCACCUCAAUUGGUUCCGGAAAUCAUCCGAUCUAGUACCCAUAAGCAUUCAGCUAUAUUCCAUGUUUGAUGAAAAGAAUAAUGUUCUAGGACUUAUACUACUUUCCUCUGCAAUUUUUACUCUACUGGAAUGGAUAUAUAUAGUAUAUCUAGCUAGCUUGCUAUUAUGGGACGGAAUCAUCAAACCAAUCUUCAAAAUUUUAUACCUAGCCAUUUCAGUGUACCUAAUAUUACGAUGCACAGUUAUUUUUUUGCCAUAUACAAAGUCAUAUAUGUCUCAAGAAAAUUACAAGCACGUAUCUACAUGUAUCUUUAGUUUUUAUAACAUCAUCACGAAGAUUUACAAGGAGAUUAACCUAUUAAUGAACAGAAUAAUUCAGGAAAAUGGUACUAUAAACAAGGAACUUUAA